AACCAGAAAAAAGUAGCAGACGGACAGACGGACAGACAGACCAAGUACUGUAACCCUCGCUGUGCAUGUGCGCCGAGGGUUAACAAUCCUUUAUUCAUUGGCUAUGAAUCAUAUCCGUGAAUAUUGCUCUGUGUUUCCACCCUCUUUUGUCAGACCCAGCCUGCUCCCCUAGCAACAGCUGUACCCCAUGCCAUACCACCUGUGGUUAAACCAGGAAAGCUCACUGUGCAGUGUCACCGUAAGAAGACAGCACCACGUGGAAUGGAGAGAGGAUCUGCAACAACUGAUGGUCGAUUUGCAUACUUCACCUCACGUUACUCCAACUCAGUCUACCAAUAUGAAAGUAGUCCAGAGAAAUGGGAGGAACUUCCUUCAUGUCCAUGUAGCAACUCUGGACUAGUCAUCAUUGACAGGGAACUAACUUCUGUGGGAGGAGAGGUUGGAUUUCGUUUUACUAACAAACUAUACACACUACGACAGAGGAAAUGGGUUGAGAAAUACCCUCCAAUGAACACUGCACGUUCCUCUCCUGCUGUAGUUACUACAUCUGAUGGCGAAUACCUCAUUGUGAUUGGGGGGUUUGUUGUUGAUGUUGGUUGGACUGCUACAAUUGAACUAUUUCAAGUGAGGAGCAGAAGAUGGUACCAACUAACAGACUUACCACAACCUCUCCCCCACCCUUCAGCCACAAUAUGUGGUGAUCCGUUGAAUGUGGUAGGACGUGAUGCUAAUGGCUACUCGUGUUCUCUUGCAGCCCUACCAUCCAGUGAUCAACCAAUCACAUCACCUCUCACCCUAUCCUGGAAACCUCUCCCUCCUCUACCAGUGAAAUUCUCAACAGCUGCCACUCUCUGUGGACAGCUAGUACUCAUUGGUGGCAGGCGAGGUGGGACACCAGUCAACUCCAUUCACCAGCUAGUGGAUGGACAGUGGGUGGAUAUUGGCUCUAUGACUAGUGGUAGGAACAUGUGUUUAGUAGCCAGUACAUCACCUGACAAGAUCAUCAUAGUGGGUGGAGAUAUAGUUGAAGAAUGUGUUGUUGUAUAGUUUCAUGCAAUUUUUGUGUCCAUUAUCUCAUAAUUGGU